GUGGCAACGCCUUACGUAACACUAUAUCAUGCAAAAGUCGACUACCCUUGAUAACACUGUCUCUGCAGCACAAUGGCACGCACGGUGAGAGUCGCCCUCCUCCUCUGCGACACCCCCAACGACGACGUGGUCAGAGAGUCCGGCAACUACCAUGCCAUCUACUCCAAAUGGCUCACAGACUCCCUCGCCACCUACCCCGACCCCGCCGUCGCCCGCAGCACCCGCCUCAUCGUCGACCCCUACGACGUCGUCCACAAGAAAGCGUACCCCCCGCCCGAGAGACUGCAGCACGCCGCACCCGACGCAUAUGACUGUGUCAUGCUCACCGGCUCCAAACACACCGCAUACGACACAUCCAACCCCUUCAUCCCCCCCCUCGUCCACUUUAUCCGCUCCCUCGCCUCCUCGCCCGCGUACCAGCACCUCAAACUCAUCGGCAUCUGUUUCGGCCACCAGAUCCUCUCCAUCGCCCUGGGCGGCGAGUGCGUCCCCGGACACAACGGCUGGGAAAUUGGCGUCUACGGAUGCCAGCUGACAGACCAAGGGAGGUACUGGUGGACAGGCGACGUAGAGGGCCAGGGCGGUGGGGAUAAAGUGUACAUCGAGCAAAUGCACAAAGACCACGUGCCCUCCCUCCCGCCGGGAUGCACCCUCCUGCUCUCCACCCCGCGCUACCCCAUCCACUCCUUUCUCAAACCCCACCCGCUCUCCACCCCGUCCCGCCCACUCGCCCACAUCCUCACCGUCCAGGGCCACCCCGAAUUCACCCCCUCCAUCGUCCACCACAUCAUCAACGCCCGCGCCGCAGCCGGCGUCUUUGACGACCAAACCGCACAAGAAGCGAGGAGAAGAGCGGGCGGCAAGGACGGUACGGGCGGAGAAGGGUUUGGAAGGAUCGGGUGGGCCGUCUGGAGAGUGCUCUUGCAGGAUCUUCCCCCGGCGUAGCCCCGAAUGAAGUGACUUGACUAAACAUUGUACAUC